CGGCGCCUCCACCUCCGCUGCCGCCUAAGGAAUCUUUUGUCCGGCGCUACAAGUUCCUUUGGCCUAUGAUCUUGGCUGUCAAUUUGUCUGUUGGAGUUAUACUAGAAGAGCUUGUUGAAUCUUGGGGGAUACGCCUAAUAUUAUUCAUCUCGGUGUGGGCGAAAUAUCCUUAAGGACAGUGUCCUUGACACGCCUCAAGCUAAACCUCUUAUUCUCCAUAAUCAUCCUAUUUUUUCCAACAAUCUUAAGGAUAUUUUCACAUAGUUAUUAUGGAGAAUAACGCUGCUAAUGUUGCUGUUGAUGCUACUGCACCUGCUGCACCAACUGUUUCUGUUGAUGUUCCAUCACCAAUUACAUGUGCCAAACCUUUUCCGGAUGUUUCAAAAAUUGAGGUUUUUGGUGGAGAUAAUUUUAACCGCAAGCAUGCUGUUGUUGACAAAGGAAAAGAAAUUGCAACUAGAAGCAGCCUUGUGGAGGACAACAACUGUCAGAGAAAAUCAAGUAACAGCUUAUCUUGUCUUGAGGACCAAAAGGAAAGAUGUGGGAACUGAUGCAGGAGAAGUGUCUGAUAGUCCUAGUAAUUCAGUUUCAUCAGCAGCUGCUAUUACUGCAGCACCUCCUGUGCUGCCUGCUAUUGUUCAUGAACCAAUUUCAGGAGAACAACAGCGUGAACUAUUUAAGUGGAUAUUGGAAGAAAAGAGAAAACUUAAGCCAAAAGAUCCCGAGGAGAAAAGGCGCACUGAUGAUGAGAAAGCCAUUCUCAAGCAGUUUAUUCGAGCCAAGUCCAUUCCAAGUUUGUAAAGACAGAUCCUUCACGCCUUUGAUACUAGUAGCGUUGGAUUGAUUUAGGUUGGAUUUUCUCUUUUUCUUUUUUACUACAAAGAUUGCGCUGAAGAAUCAAUUUGCUUGGACUAUGAGUGGACAUAGGAUGUGUUUAAAUCUCUGGCUUUUGUAAGAAAUCUGUAAAUAGUGGUGCUUUUCUUCUUUAUAUUUGAAAUACGAAUCGAAUAUAGCACAAGUGUGAGUAAGUUUUAAUCUCA